ACCCAUCUCUCAAAGUCAUGUGUGUCUAACGUCAACAUUUUUCGGUAUCUGUUUUGUGAUCAAUUUUACAACAAAUCGUGAUCCAUUGUACGCUAUACUUCAAUAAUUUAGGAAACCAAGAACCAGAAUUUCAAUAUUGAUUCUUUGCUCGACGACGUUUUUAUUACAAGAUUAUUCGCCGAAGAUAUUUCAAAACGAAAUCUACAUUACCCGGUAAAAAAAAUAAUGGUAAAUCAACCGAAUGAUAGCGUAGCCUGAACAUUCGAAAUUUUUAUCGCAAUGAAUCUUCCUAAGCUCUUACCCAAACUAUUGAUACACACGUUUAUAUUUUGCCUGAACACGAAUUACUCGAAUGCAAAUAAGUCAGGUAAGAAAACGUGGAAAGUGUUUCCAGAUGAAAACGCCAUAGAGUUCAAUCACUUGGCAGUGGAUGAAUAUGGAAGAUGGGUAUAUAUAGGCGCAGUAAACCGUAUCUAUCAAUUAUCAACAGAUCUCGAACUGCAAAUUAAUUACACCAUAUCGGAACUCAGCCGUUCAGAUUGUACUGCUCCCAACUGCAUACAAAAAUUGAAGCGAAAUACAACAACGUUCAAUGGGAACGAGGUGCUCGCAUUGGACUAUCAGAAUCAGCAACUGAUAUCAUGCGGUACUUUUUUCAAGGGUAUCUGUCAUGCUCACGAUAUCAAUAAUAUUUCGAAGAUCUGGCUAACUAGGUUUGAACCUAUUGUAGAAAGUCACUAUCGGCAUCCUACUGUAGCCUUCAUAGCUCCUAGUUUAUCAAAGAAUUCAACAACACCACUAUCAACACUGUAUGUUGGUUUUACUCCAGUCCAUAAUGAAACAUCAAUACAAACAGUAACUAUCAAAAAUUUAGAACGUGAAUAUUUUUCAUCAGUUCUUACACAAAAUACUGCCUUCCAUUUUACAAGAAACGUGUGUCCCACUGCACGCAAUUAUGAUGAAUUAAUUUAUGGUUUCAGUUCUGAAAACGUCGGCUAUUUUAUCGCCGGGAACACUGAUCCAAGGCAUCUAGUACCUGGGUAUAUAAUUAAAGCAGAUACUCAUAAAAACAAUUCGUGCAAUAGAGUUGCUAUAAUUUGCACUUCAGGUGGUACAGAUCUGACACGGACCGGAAGAACCUCGCUUGCCUAUUUCCAAAAGGGAAAUCCAGAUUCUGGUUCAAAAACAGGUUUACAUGAAACAGAAGAAAAACUCUUGUUCACAGUACAAACAGAGUACAUCAAUGAUGAGAAUGGGUGGGCAGAAACUUUUUCAGUAUGCAGGCAUCAAAUAAAUGAAUUAGAUUCUCUGAUUCAAAAGGAUGAACCACUGAGAGGAGACCUGAUAUUUUCGCAUCCACCUAGUGAAGUAUUUGUGUCAGCAAUGGCGGUUACCUCAAUUAACAAUCACACAAUCUUGUUUCUUGGUAAUAAUGAUGGUCGCCUACUGAAAAUAUCAAUAAAAGGAUUUGAUUCGACGGAUUUGUACCCUGCAAGUAAAUAUGCAGACAUAACAAUUGAUGCGGGAACGAAAGUACAUAGUGAUAUGCUGUUUGAUUCAACAAUGAACUUUUUAUACGUGAUGACCAGAAAGAAACUCACCAAAGUCAAAAUACAUAGUUGCGAUGAAUAUAACACAUCAGACGCAUGUUUAGUGAUAAAAGAUCCUUAUUGUGGAUGGUGUUUUCUUAGUAAUAGAUGUUGCUUGAAAUCAGAGUGUGAUUUCGAACAAAAUCACAUCAAUUGGGUCUCGUAUGAUAUCAAUAAAUACAUAGACGCGUCUUCAAGUCCAGCAGACAAAUUCUCAAGAACAGCGGAAUCAAAUGUAACUUUCAAAGUAAUAACUCGCCAUCUGUUCAUCAAUCAUACAAUAAUAUGUUUAUUCGAAUUUGGCAAUUUUUCCAUCAAUACAACAAGCAUAUGCAAUAAAAAUAGCAUCAACUGCGUGACACCACCUCCCAAUAAUUUACCGCCAACGCCCCUCAAUAGCCAUUCCAUAGGAGCAGAGCUAUCAGUCCAGACAAACCAUUUCCCAGUAUUUAAAAAAAUUCUUAUCCAAUUUUUUGAUUGUACAACGUACAAAUCGUGUUUAUCAUGUAUGAGUUCUCCUUAUCCAUGUAAGUGGUAUGUGAAUGAAUUUAGGUGCACAGAUAAUGCAAUUUGGAAACAAGAUGAUAUAGUAAUAGGAAUGAAUUCUAGCAGCACCAAUUUCUCACGGCGGAGUAGUAAAUCAUUAUAUGAUGGUAAUAAAUUCUCAAAAAACGCGUUGUUUUGCCCACAGUUCUUCACAAAACAUGAAUCAGACAUUUAUAUAUCUGCCCACACAGAAAAGACCGAACAAAUACAAGUAUAUUAUAAGAUGCCAUCGAAUUUACAGGAGGGAAAAUUGAUAUGCAAAUUUGUAUUUGACUCUAAAAAAGAGAGGACACAAUUAACGCUCUUUGGAGGUUACCGUUUUCCAGGAAAUGAUUUGAAAGAGGGUGAUAUCAAAUGUAAUGAUGAGAUAUUUACAUACACAGAAUCGAUACCUUUCAUAACAGUCGAAUUAUCUGUAUUAUGGAAUGCAUCAAUACCACUUGAUAACACGUACAACACACAUAUUGUGGUGUAUAAAUGCGCCCAUAUGGGCGAUCAAUGCACAGCAUGUCUGAAUAAGAACUACUCAUGUAUGUGGAAUUCGGAAACUGAAGAAUGUAAAUACUACAGCUUAAAUGAUACUUUCAACAUUACUGAUCCAUGGUUGCAUGAUAUACAGAAAUGUUCGAAUUCGACAAUAUUUCAAAAAAACUUGUCCAAAAACCAAUCGACUAAUUGGUUAACAGAAAACAUCUAUUUAAUAAUCGCCCUAAUAAUAACAGUAACUGUUGUUAUAGUCGCGGUGUUUGUCAUUCGUUCUAGAAAAUCUGCAGUAAGAUCGCGAAAAAUGCAACAACAAAUCAAUAAAAUGGGUAUGGAAAUGAUAGCAAUGUCGCAAUGCGUAAAACGCGUGGUGAUCGAAAACGAAAUCGAGCUGGACGAAAAUGAAUCAACUAUAUUGAAAAUACCAAACGUCACGGUCGUAUACGAAUCUUAUCCAAUAAUAGAUGCAGAAGAAGUGGCCCCAACACCGAGGACCGAAUAUGAAGGACCGAGGAGUGAAUACGAAUUACCAUUGGAUGAAAAGUGGGAAAUUCCUCGAGAAAACGUUGUUCUGGGGGAAUUUCUAGGAGAAGGAGAGUUUGGAAGAGUUGUCAAAGGAAAUGUUUCAGGCCUAUUACAGCCACACAUCGUCACAACAGCAGCAGUAAAAAUGUUGAAAACCACCCACAAAGACACAGACAUGGUUAGCUUAGUAACCGAAAUGGAACUGUUGAAACUAAUUGGCAGACAUGACAACGUACUUAGUCUACUCGGAUGUUGUACACAAAAUGGGCCGUUGCUCGUCAUCAUCGAAUACUCUCCUCAUGGAAAUUUACUCGAUUUCCUCAGAAACCACCAUCAACCUUCAACAGCCAGGGAGAAUGACUUGUCUGAAAAAGUUCAGCUCACAUUUGCUCUACAAAUAGCCACAGGCAUGGAAUACUUGGCUUCUAUGAGACUAAUUCACCGAGACCUCGCUGCUCGAAAUAUCCUGAUAUUUGACGAAUAUGUGCUGAAAAUAGCUGAUUUUGGAUUAGCCAAAGAUAUUCGAAAUUCUGACUACUAUAAACAAAAGUCUAAAGGCAGAUUUCCGGUAAAAUGGAUAGCACCUGAAACCAUAACGCACCGACGUCAUUCCACAAAAUCUGAUGUGUGGUCGUACGGUAUAUUACUUUGGGAGAUUGUGACUUUUGGCGAAGUUCCCUAUGCUGCCUACGACGACGCAGGAAAACUACUGAAAGACAUUCGAUCGGGAUACCGCUUGAAAAAACCUGAAGGUUGUUCGAUGGACACGUACUGCCUAAUGGUUAAAUGCUGGAACCAUUUGCCAGAAAAUCGACCAGACUUUACUAGAAUCAUUCACGAUUUAGAAGCCAUACUAAAAAAGAUGGAUCCAGUAAUUGAAGAAUCUUAUUCAGAUUGCUCAAGCAUUAGCUCAGUAUACAGUCACAAGGCAAAUGAAACCAAUCGUUUACUUUGAAAAUAUAAAAAACAGACGGCAUUUUUUUCCCCGCAAGCAUUUGAGCAUAUUUUAUGUGAACGAACCUAGGCUAAUUAAUUCAAUUAAACCAAAUGAAGAGUGAUAUUCCAAAACUCGCUUUGUCCAUUUUUGUCGAAGUUGGAUUUUCAGCGGUACCUGGUAGAUGAAGUAUUAACUCACAUUCCUACAUCAUCAACCUACCAAAAUGAGGUGUUAAAGUCACCUAAAUAGCCAAUUCAUUAAAAAUUUUAAAAAAAAUAAUGUUCCAAAACGCGCUUUGUCCAUUUUUAUUGAAAUUUUUUUCAGCAGUAUUUAGUGGAUGAAGUGUAUACCUACACUCCUACAUCAUAAAUCCACCCAAAUAAAGUGCUAAACUCGCCUAAAAAUCCAAUUUACCCGUUUAAAGGGAAACUGUUUUUCCUCUCUCCUGAAAAGUUGUGAAAAUGGACAAAGCGAGUUUUGGAAUAUCACUCUUCAAAUGUACAUAAUAUUUGUAACUUUAAUAAAAUGCUCCAUUUUAAUACGUGGCAUAUGUGUACCCCCAGAUACCCUAUACCUAUUGCAACUAAGCUGAAGAUAUUAAAUAUACUCAAUAAUUGUUCAUACAGCCAUGAUAAAUAUAGGU